UUGGGCAUGUUGUUCAGAUUUGGCACCGCGCCAAUUACACAGCCUCCUGGUUUCAAUUAGGUCCGCGUCUUAGGUAUAUACGACUUCGCUGACACGCUGCCCUUCAUUUCUCCGAUCACUGCGCACAAUUACUAAAAGGAGUACGAACGCAUCAGAAUGUCAGGACGAGGAAAAGGCGGAAAAGGGCUCGGGAAAGGCGGCGCCAAGCGGCACAGGAAGGUUUUGCGUGAUAACAUCCAGGGCAUUACGAAGCCCGCCAUUAGGCGUUUGGCUCGCCGUGGAGGCGUCAAGCGAAUUUCCGGGCUGAUCUAUGAGGAGACCCGCGGUGUGCUGAAGGUCUUUUUGGAGAACGUGAUCCGCGACGCCGUGACGUACACCGAGCACGCAAAGCGCAAGACCGUCACCGCCAUGGACGUAGUGUAUGCGCUCAAACGCCAGGGGCGCACUCUGUACGGCUUCGGCGGCUGAGCACACACUUCCGGACUUCACACGCUUAAAAACACCCAAAGGCUCUUUUAAGGGCCGCCCACUUAUUCUCUAAAAAGAGCAAACUCUAAUCUCUGCCUUUUUAAUUCUACUGUUUUUAUUUUAUUUAAUUUAAUUUUUUAGAUUACCUUCAAUAAAAUAAACAUCUUUUCUAUAA